AUGAUUUUUCGAAUCACUUUAGCCAUAUUUAUGGUACGAAUGUUGUCAUCGAAAACCGGGAAUGACAAUCAUGUCCAUGGGAAAUCGCUCGAAAUAGUAUAAAUAAGUCUUCAAACCACGCAUUUCGCACAAGGAACAAUCAUCAAGCGCCUGAAAAUAACUAUCCACGCAUACAAAUACCAUCUUUUACAUUCAAUCAUAUAUAUACAUUUCAGAGCUCGUAGCACCAUGGAAUAUGUACAAAUAGCCUCGAUGCCCCCCUUUUUUCGAAAAUUUUUUUCUCAGUAUCAAACAGCUUCGAUAAUAGAGCUACAGACAGAACUAUAAAUCCCCAAUACAUCUUCGAUGAUACUCGGACUCUUGAUAAUCUUCCUCUUGUUCUCCGGUAAUUUUGCGCGUUUUACAAAUUUUAAGCAGUCUUCGCGACUUUCGGCUUGCAUCUUUUGCGGAUUAUUACGCUGAAAGUUAGAGUAUUUGAGGGUAUUCUGUACAUCAUGAAGCUUGCCCAAGACCAUUGUGGCCCUUCGGAAGAUCUUAGGCUGUUCGUUCAGCGAUAGGCUCGUCGGCGUGAAGCUGCGGCUGCGGCGGAUAAUCAGGAGAAUGCGGCCCAACCCAUCGUAGAACAGCGCCCGGCCACUCCUCAAGAACCAUGGCGAUGCAAAGCACCGUUCCCGGAUUCUCAAACGCGAUAUCUGGUAUGUUCUCUACUACCUUGCUCAACAACAUCCAUCUAACAUAGUUCAUGCAGUGCGAUCAUGUCAAUGAAGCUGGCACGGAAACUUGUAACCGCCCCGAAUAUUACGAUGACCCUAGUCCUAGAGGCGGAGGCAUCAAGGAGGAUGCGGCAGGCCAAAAACUCUCGGGCUUUUCCAAAGCCCGCCAGGGGACGCUGGACAACUGCCAAACGGGCAGGAAGAGUACCGUAGGCUUAUACCCAAUGAUCCUAAUCAUCCUCUAA